CUCAAAGCUUCACCUGAAAUCUUUAUCACGCUGAUGACACGCGACAACUCCUUGGUCCAUUGGCAGACUUGACGAUCCAAAAAUGGUACGCAUCAAGGAGCGCUACCUCCUGGUCAACAUAUUGUACCCCAGCGAUUCGGCCCAACCACCGAAACCAGGUCUUCCAAGCCAUAUCCAGCUGCACCAGCCUACAACAGACACCAUGACCCCAGGUUCACUGCUCAGAGGCAUCAAGAAGGAAGUUGAGAUUCUAUACGGGGACUAUGGCGCGGGCAUGCUCAACGGGCUACAGAUCAAGUAUCUUUCCCUGGCCACGUCAACCUUUAUCAUCAAAUGCUCUCGCGCCAUGUGCUCAAUGCUGUGGUCAGCCUUGACUUUCAUGAGCCGUAUCCCUAACAAGGACGGCACAGGGAAGCAGUGCAUAUUCCGCGUGGUGCGCGUCAGUGGCACAAUUCGCAAAGUUGAGGAAGAAGCCAUUCGCCAAAGCAGGGCUCUCAUAGUCGCAGCCAAGCAGGAAGCCAGUGAAGCACAAAGCUCGAUAUCCGGAAUCACCCGGCAGACCGCUGACAUGCAAGCACCGGCACAAAGUCACUUUGCAACGGUUGAUGACUCUGACGAGUCAAUGGACGACGCGGAUGGUUGAGAAACGGG